AUGGCGUCUGGUCUGUGCCCGCAUCGUGAGGCGGCUGCGUACGGUACCUGGAUGAUCCAAGCGACCGAGGCGCCCGCUCCCGCCACAGCCUGA